AUGCGGCUCCUUUUUGACCUCUUCAGAGAAGAUUAUCGCGGUCCACUCACCAACGCUGUCGAAGCCCACGAUUUCGAUCAAGUCGAACUGUUACUCAAGUCGGACACCGGGAAUGACAAGCAAUCCGAUGACGACAGGACAUUGGCCAUGCGGACCGCCGUCGAAAACGACGAUAUCAAGAUGGUGGAUCUCUUGAUGGGCAACGGUGUCAAGGCGAACGUCGACGAUUUUAUCACCGCCGUCCAACAGAACAACACUUCUAUCCUCGAGCUAAUGUUGUUGGAUGGAUAUGACAUCAAUGAUCUGGGAGGGGAUGACCUGCCGCCACCACUUACCUUUGCCGUCGACAACCUAGAGCUCGUCACAUGGCUCCUCAACCACGGUGCCGACCCCAAUAGAGAAUCUAUAUACGGGUGGACCCCGUUUUCAUUCGCAGUGGCAAAUGCUUCAAGAGAAGUCAUAGAACUAAUGCUCGAGCGAGGAGCCUCCGUGAAGAUUGUCCAACUGCUGUUGAAAGACGGCGCACCAGUCAAUACCAUCCAGCAUAUCGCUCAUCCGUUCGCGCUCUGUGUGUUCGAACUGACGGGAAAUGGAACGCCCCUUCAUCUAGCAACGUCGGACCGAUUGAUCAAGCUUCUGCUGGAGCACGGAGCGGAUCCGCAGAUCAAGAACACUCUCGGAGAGCUGCCACGCUUGAAACUACGUCCAUUGAAAGCGUCCCUGUAG